UAUACAAGGCAUUCAUCACCUUCAAAGAAAAAACAAGUAUACAGGGAGCAAAAUGGCCUGUUGGUCAGCUGAAAGUGCAACCAAAGCCUAUCUCAGAGCAAUACAAAUGGAAAAGAGAGCUAAAGAGCCAGAUGUAUCAGAAUUCAUCUCAGCACUUGCUGCAGGAAACAACUCGCAAUUGAUGGUUGUUGCAUGUGCUUGUGCAUCUGACUCCACCACACUAGCCCUAGUGGCUGCAGCCCAGCAAACUGGUGGCACAGUCAUUUGCAUCCUUAGUGGUGUUGACAAACUAAAUCCAUCACUAGAAUUUCUACACGAUAACGCGAGACAUGUUGAGUUUGUCAUUGGAGAUGCCAAAACUCUAGUAAUAAAUGACUACAGAAGAGCAGAUUGUAUAGUAAUUGACGGUAACAUCAACAACUGUAAAGGCAUUCUUAAAACAGCACGAAGAAUCGGGGAAAUUGCCAUCGUUAAUUUUGGGGUACAAUGCGUUGCGAAUGGGCUCAUGGAGAUGCCAAAGCCUUAAUGCUCAUUUGUUACCCAUAGGAGAAGGCUUAUUGGUUACUAGAAUGACGCAGAAAGGCAGUAGCUUUGGCGUUUCAGGGAAAAAGAGCCGCUGGAUUGUCAAAGUAGAUAAAUGCACAGGGGAAGAGCAUGUCUUCAGGGUCAGAUCUUCACAUGGAAGUCCUGUUGAAGCCUAGGUUUCGAUUUAGUGUUCUUUGAUAGAUUGUAGAAUACAAGAUUUUGAUUCUUUUUUUUCCUUAGCAGGUUAUGAAUUUGAACUGUAAAUAGAAGAGAUUUAAUCAUUUUAAGAGCAGUAUACACUUGGCCUAUUGCUAUUGCUGAUUCAUUGAGUAUUGUCAAGGUCAAAUUUUUGAGUUU